GCGACGUGGUGGAGGUGUUGCAAUUGAAGGGGGCAUACCUUGUGCCCUCUCAAUGCAGGAUUUGUCAUGGGAUGCAACUGAAGGUUUGGAUUGAUGACAUGGAGCUGAGUGAUGAUCCGUUCAAGCCCAUUUUCAAGGUCUUGGACAAGCUCUUCCAGCAUGAAGAGGAGGUCGAGCUUCCUGAACGCUGCCAGGAGUUCUUUGAAAAGUUCAACCGUGAACGUGGAGAAGUCCAGGCUUACUUGGUCCGUCAUCAGACCAUGUGGCAAAAGCUGAAGGUCAAGGCAAUGUGCAAUGGUGACCUGACGGUAGACAAAGCGCUGACUCAAAUGUUUGGUGGUGACAGCAAACCCAAUGCCAAAGACUCUGUGCUCAAGGAUGGCAUCCACUACUUGGACAACACCGACUAUGACCCUGAAGUUGAAGAUGGCACCCACUACGGCGAUGAGGUGUAUUACUACCAGGACGAUGAAUAUUUCGACCAUGACUACGACGACUACAUCCAUGAGGUGGAGUGCGCGGGUGAAGCUGAUGAAGAUGUCCCUCCUGAACUUGAUGAAGCUUCCUUUGUUGUGGAAGUGCCCGUCACUUUGUUUUUGGACGGCGUGGACGUACUGACACAGCAUCCGCAACUUCGACACAGAGCAAACCAACUGGGAAAUCAACUGCAAGCGGCAGCACGGCCCAACAUGGACCACGAUCCAAGAGCUGCUGGCUGGGCAAUCAUGGACUGUGGAGCCAUGCGCGCAGUUUGUGGCGAAGCUGCAUGGAACAAGAUCGUGGACUAUCUCAGUUUGAGGAACAUGGAGCCGGAGAUUGAUCGCGAGAACAAAGAUUUUCGUUUUUGGAGAUGGAGCAAUGGUGCGCUCACCUUUUUCGGGUCAAACCGGCCUUCACUCCAAUACAUACUCAACAUCUUUGAUGAGCUCGAGGAUGUCAUGAACUUCGAGGAUCUCAACUCUAAGGAGGUCGACCAUGAAACUUUUGUCGAUUCCAUCAUCACUGAUGAGGUGUCCGAUUUUGAUCCUGACUUGGAGGUAGAGCUUGACGAGGAGCAGGCCGAUGAGUUUGUCGUUGUGACCACUUCCAAGUGCCAACAACAUGAACGCAAACUCAAGUUUUGGGAAGUCUAUGUGGGUGAGGGGAACUGGAGCAAGUUUAUGCAACGUGCCUAUGAUGAUGACGUGGAGGUUCGACAAUUCUCCCUGCCCAACUGGAACUUCGAAAAUGCUGAGCAGAAGGCGGCAUUCCGACAGAAUGUCGACAUCCGCAACAACGGCAAGCGUCUGGUCUAUGACACGACCUUUGAGCGUGUCUGCGAAGCUGUGAAUCUUCGAUGCAAAUGCAUGCAUGGCCACGUUCAGAUAAUGGGACGCGGCGCUGUGCUGAAGAAGAUGCAGAACUACGAGCCAGAGCUGGCCCAGCACAGGGGGCAAGCCGAGCUGAUGACCCUGGAAGUUGUCGAGAAAUCCACUGAGGAGAUUCAGUACCUUGAGCAAAACAAGGAGUUGGUCAAGAUCGGUGGACCUAAAGUCUUGACAUCUGUGGCCAGCCUCCAUCGACAACUUGGGCAUCCGAGCCGCUCCAAGGUGGUUCUGGCGGUGAAGACCCGCCAUCUUCCCAAUGAGUUUGUCCAGGUGGCGCGACGCUACAAAUGUCCAACAUGCUUGGGACGUGCCCAGCCGAAGAAUGUGGGAGUGGCGAGAUUUGACAAGUCCCCACAUUUCCACCAUUCGGUGGCCAUCGACACUUUCUACAUCGAAUGGGAUGGCAAGAAACGUGCAGUCUUCACCAUUAUGGAUGAGCUCAGUCGCUAUGAGGUUAACAUGGAAAUCAAGGAAGAGAUUGCAGAGAUGGAGAUUGCACUCUUCGAGCCCACUUCAGCCAAAACUUUUUGGUUUCCGGCCAUUUUGCGGUUGGACGCUUCAGGGCCACACCAAGUUGCAGUUGAAGCUGAAACCGAAACAACAACCUCUUCCACAAUACCAGAUCCGAAGAUGGAUCCAAAGAUGUCAUCUGCCCUUCAAAAUGACCCUGAAGUCCAACCAGAGCGCAAGAAGGCCAAGCUGCCACAACCUCUGCGAGACUUCUGGGUCGACUAUGAUGACAGCGAGAAGAGCGAGUCAGAAGCCAAAACCACUGACAAGACCGCGCUUGAUGAGAUGGUGGAGAACCGUGACAAAGAUCUUGACGAUCACACGGAGAAGAUGACGGAGGCUCAGAGGGCCCUGAAGAAGGCCUUUGAGAAGCAGCACCCUGGAGCACUAGUUAUUUUUCACAUGAACAAGCCCGACGACUUGAUGGACCGCCUCCUUCUGGACGACUUCCGGAAGAACCAACGCCUCCACAAGAACCUCCUCCUCUUCGACACGAAGGUGAUGGUCCAGGCCUAUGAGCUUGAGUUUGUGGUGGUGAUCAAAUUCACCCACGUCCUGGCGGCCAACUUGGCUGCUGCUGAAGAACCAGGCAUUUUGGCUGACCAGGUCGCUCAGACCGAAGUUUUGGAGACUCACAAUGAAGGACAGCAGUCUGACCCUUCGCCGAGAUGGAGGGCCAGCACGGACUGCCAGCGAUUCACUGCUGGUGAGAUCGCCCAUCUGAUUGAAGCUGGAUGGGAAGUUUGGUCGGAUGCUGAGGUGAACCGCCUGCCACAGCAGUUCAUCGACUCCUUGGAGCCGUCCAUCGACGACUACCUUCCAAGGUGCGAGAUCGAGGGGACACUGACGUUCCUGUGGUCCCAAUCCGUGCUGAUGAAUGGAAUGGAGUCGGUCGACAGCAUCGAGCUGCCCUACUACAAGCUUUUGAAGACCCCUUGCUACUGGGAGUACCUUUUGAGGAGGCAUUUGCUGCACCUUGCGAGUACGGCGGACAUUUUUCCUUGGCCUGAGGGAAGUUUUUAUCUUUCUGGCCUGUGUCAAUGCAAGGGCAUGCAGCAUUGU